UGUUGUGUCUGCAGCGCAACCCGAUAAAAGUCGAACGUUCCGAAGCCGAAAUUAUAAUUGUUGUCGCGAAAAUAUUCGCGAAUACUAUCAAAAUUGGUUAGCAAGUCGUACAGUGGAGCAUGUGCUGUGUUUCUAGCCGUCAUCAAACGAAGAAAUUGAGGGAAAACCAGAGCGAUUUGACAGUUGGAUAGCGGGAUGAUUUCAGUUGUCAGUUGGGUUUUGAGACCAAUUUGAAGCAUCCCUAAUGGAGUCUGACAGCGAGUCUAUUACCCCGUCUUCUCCCAUGGACUUUGUGGGAACGGUUUUGAUCACCGGUCUGGUGCUCUACCUGGUCCUCUUACUGACGAGUCGGACGGUCCGGUUCCAGACCAAGUACUACCUUUACAACUGCUGCUAUCCUGCUAUAGGCUGUGUCGCUAUCCCAUUCAUGUUACUGAAACCUGGGGAUGUUGACAAUAUCAGAUGGCCUGCACUCUUCACCCGUCUCACUGUCAAACACUUGUUUGGCAUCAAAGUGAGUGCCACGGGUCUGGAACACCUCAAGUCUGAUAAGCCUUACAUUGUUGUGUGUAACCACCAGAGCACUAUCGACCACAUAGCCAUGAUGGAAUACUGGCCUGACCGUUGCUCCAUUAUGAUGAAAAACUCGGUCAAGUAUUUGGGGCCAGUGGGCCUAGCCGCCAUGCUGAGUGGCGUCAUAUUCGUCAGCCGAACCAACCGAGAAAAGGCCAAAGUAGCACUGGAGAACACUGUCAAGAUCAUCAAGGAGCAAAACGCAAAGGUCUGGGUGUUUCCCGAAGGAACAAGAAAACUGUCCAAGAAGAACCUUCCACAAGAGGAGAAGAAAGUGGAGUACUUCCUUCCCUUCAAGAAGGGAGCCUUCAACCUUGCAAUACAGGCACAGGUGCCAAUAGUACCUAUUGUGUUCUCGUGCCAAGAAUCCUUCUUCAGUUUCAGGCAUAAACGCUUCACAUCAGGUGCAUACAAGAUGACCGUCCUUAAGCCCAUAUCCACCGUCGGUAUGACGUUAGAUGAUGUCCCAGAAUUCACGGAGAAAGUACGGGACAUGAUGAUCAGUACAUUCAUCGGAACCUCAGCCUUGAAAACAGACUAGUAACCAUAUUGAUUCAUUGUGAAUGCACGAGCUUUUCCUGCCUUCUUUCUUUUUUGUGUGUAUAAAAAGCAGUGGUUAUUUGAUAAUUGGACUUGGUCCGCACUCUUGAUUUUGUUGGAUGCCGUAAACCUCAUGAUUGACUGUUGUAGGAUUCAGUUGAAUUCAAUAGGUUCUCAGAAGUUGAACAUCUUUAUAACAAGGUCCUUGGGACUUUGCAAAUUACCUUGUUGAUUGUAUUAUCAGUAAUGGAAAACCAAGAAAAACAAAAACUUGGGACCUAACAUUUUACUGAGCAGGAUCAUGGAUGGUGUAUCAACAGUGCUCUUCUUAUCAGGGUUUGACUGUAUUUUAUUAAAAACAAAAUAGAAAAAAAAAUUAAAAUUAAAACAUAAGUGCAAAUGAAAGGAGCAAACGGGCCAUUAGGCCC